UAUAUUUCAAGGAUAUUUUAAUAAUAACAACAACAAUAAUAAUAAUAAUACUCAACUUAUUUACCGAAAAUAAACACGCAUACCAACAAACUCACACCAAUACAGUUUUAUAAACAACUACAACAAAACAAACUAACUAACUACAAGAAGAGCAUCAGCAUAAAAAGAGCUAAAAGGAGAAAAAUAACCGCCAGACAAAAGGGAUUAGAAUAAUAUUGGAUGGAUAACAAAUAAUACAUUUGCAAGCAAAUUAUGCGAGUCUGACUAAUUUAGACGAUUAGUGCACAUGGAAGUUGAAUUGAUUCAAAGCAUGUGGACUAUAACGAAGAACAAUGAGCCACAUCGACAAUAUCAUAGAAAUCCAAAUCGAAAAACAAGACAAAGUCCAAGCCAGCAUCUUAGAGAGCACGUAACAGUUAGUCAUAAUUUAUCAACCACAAAACAUCACAUGCACACAAUGCAAAGUUGCCUGUUGUGGAUGGGAAUUGUGCUAAUAGUUGGUCUAACAGAUGCUUCGAAUUACUUUGACAGCCAGGGACCCAACUUUUCACAUGAACCACCAAGUCGCAUUGAAUUCACAAACACUGCUGGUAAUAUUGCAGAUUGUAUAGCACACGGUAAUCCUCCGCCUAAUGUUGAGUGGUUAGACAAGGAAAACAAUCCUAUUACAUCUAUCUCAAAGGUUCGACAUAUCCUAGCUAAUGGUUCACUGUAUUUUCCUCCAUUUGAAGCUGAUGAAUUUCGGCAAGAUGUUCAUUGGUCAAUAUAUCGGUGUGUAGCAACAAAUGCCGUCGGUUCCAUAGUAUCGCGUGAUGUGAUAGUAAAAGCUGUGGUUAAUCAACGUUAUGAACCGGAAGUACAAAAUCCUGGUGGGUUUAUUGGCAGCAACGUCUUAAUCAAAUGCAACAUUCCAUCCUUUGUGAAAGAGUACGUAACGGUCACAUCAUGGUUACAAGAGCCCAACUUUAAUAUUUAUCCAUCAUUGGAAGGAGAUGGUAAAAAUCACAUGCUACCGACCGGAGAACUGCUGGUGUACAACAUUACACGCACGGAUGCUCUCAAAAUUUAUCGCUGUCGUACACAUCACAAAUUGACGCAAGAUUCGGUUGUAAGCAGCAAUGUGGGCAAAAUUCAAUUGACCGAAAUGAGAGAAUUGGUGCCACCGAUAAUGAAUGAAAAAGUUGUAAGCGUCACUGCACGAGUGGGUGAUCCCGUGGUGGUGCCAUGUGUGGCAUAUGCAAAUCCCAAGCCAGUAUAUCGUUGGCAUACUAAACGACCAAAUAACGAAGAAUCCAUACAGCAUUUGUUGGCAACAGGACGGGCUAAAAUUAAGGAUGGUACGCUGAUUAUAACCGCAGUGGACAAGUCAGACAACGGUGCUUUCUAUUGUACAGCCACCAAUUCAGAGGGCAGUGAAACUCUUGAAGUGCAAAUGUCUGUUACCUCACCCCUAACAGCAGCCAUACAACCCACUGUGCAGACAGUCAAUUUGGGAAAAACUGCAGAUUUGAUUUGUAGCAUUUCGGGGUUUCCCAAGCAAAGUAUCUCCUGGCUAAAGGAUGGUCAUCCACUGAGAGCGGGUGCCAGGGUACGUUUGCUGUCGAAAGAACAUAUGCGUAUAACCUCAAUUACGAAGGAAGACAAAGGCAUGUACCAGUGCAUGGUAAAAAAUGAUUUGGAAUCUGUACAAGCAACGGCUGAAUUAAAAUUAGGAGAAGUGGCACCACAACUUAUCUACAAGUUUAUAGAACAGACAAUGCAACCAGGACCAUCUGUUUCAUUAAAAUGCAGUGCAAGCGGCAAUCCGACACCGAAAAUUGUUUGGCAAUUGGAUGGUUUUGCAUUGCCUAAUAAUGACCGACUUAUGAUUGGACAAUAUGUAACAAUGUUCGGUGACGUCAUUAGUCAUGUUAAUAUAUCGGCUGUCAAGUCGGAAGAUGGUGGCGAUUACGAAUGUAAAGCAAUUUCUCGCGCUGGUGAAGCAUCACAUACUGCUCGACUGAAUAUUUAUGGUAUGCCGUAUGUCAGACCGAUGCCAAAGUUAUCUGCAGUAGCUGGGAAAACAUUCUUCCUCAAAUGUCCUGUGGCAGGAUAUCCAAUUGAUAGUAUAAUCAUAGAAAAAGCUGAUGGUGUAAAGCUUCCCACAAACAUAUGACAGCGUGUUCAAAAUGGCUCGCUCCUGAUUGAGAAUGUUCAGCGCACUGCCGACCAGGGUACCUACACGUGCAUCGCUCGCAAUAAACACAAUUACACUUCCCAACGUUCGGUGGAGGUUAAAGUCCUUGUUCCGCCACGUAUUUCACCCUUUAGUUUUGAAGACGAAAUAACUGAGGGAAUGCGAACGCAACUCAUGUGCUCGAGCAGUCAAGGUGACCAGCCAUUUAAUAUUACUUGGCUCAGAGAUGGUGUUCCCAUACAAAGUGGCAGUGUGGAUGGCCUUAAUAACCAACACGAUUCGCAUAGUGGUGCCGGCAGUGGUAUUUUUAAAUCGCCAGAUCCUUCGUUGACAAUCAAUGAAUAUGCGCCGUUCUCAAGCAUUCUCUCCAUACAUAAUGUCACAUCGCGUCACAAUGGCAAUUAUACAUGCCUCGUAACAAAUCGUGCUGGAUCCGUCGAAUAUGUGGCUAUGCUUUCCGUAUCCGUGCCACCACGAUGGAUUAUAAAACCGGCCGAUCAAGAUGCCAUUCUGGGCAAUCCGGUUGCAAUACGUUGUCAGGCGGAUGGUUUUCCAGUACCAACAUUACAGUGGAAACAAUCGAUUGGAGAUUCUGGAGAAUACAGAGAAUUGAGUUAUAGCAUUCCAAAUGGCAACUCUAAAUCUGUGAUUGAAACUCACAACAAUGGAUCCUUAAUAAUACCGCAAGUAGGACGAGAACAUGAAGGUAGUUAUUUAUGCCAAGCUAAUAAUGGUAUUGGCGCUGGUCUCAGUCAACUUAUUAAACUAACGGUUCAUGUGGGUCCCACUGUUACGGUAUCGAAGAAACAAGUAACCGUUAGAAGAGGUGAUCGUGUGACAUUGCGUUGUGAGGCAGAUGGUGAUCAACCUUUGGACAUAUCAUGGCGUGCCAAAGCUAAUCGCAUUGAUCCUUCAUUUGAUGUUCGUUAUCACAUAAAGGAUUCUCCCCUAAGUCGUGGUAUAGUUUCGGAGUUAACCAUACUGCAAACCAUACUUAGCGAUCGUGGAGAAUACACUUGUAUUGCCAGUAAUUCAUAUGGUCAUGAUCGAGCCGUUAUACAUUUACAGGUGCAAGAGCCUCCUAAUUUCCCAGUCAAUUUGCAUGCAACUGAUUUAGGAAGUCGUUCAGUGACUCUGGCUUGGUCACCCAAUGAUCAGGACACGGUGUCGUUGGGUGGUAACAAUCGAGAUUCUCAGCCGAUUUCAAAUUAUAUAUUGCAAUACAAAAAAGCUGGAGAUGUUUGGCAUGAGGGCAAUAAUCAAAAACUACUGCCAGGUGACAAAACCACAGCACAAAUUGUUUCUUUGCGUCCAGCUCAGGCGUAUCAUUUUCGUUUAUAUGCCGAAAAUCAUUUAGGCACUAGUGCGCCUAGUGAUAUACUGCUUGUUCAGACAGAUGCCGAGGCUCCCAGUGGUAGACCCCAAGAUGUAUCCGCCGAACCAUUGGGGCCACAACAACUUCUUAUUACUUGGCGUCCGCCAGAGCGAGACACUUGGAACGGUGAACUAUUAGGUUAUACAAUAGCUUAUCAAAAACAUGGUUCUUCGGAUAAUUUCCAAAACUUCACUAAAGUGAGCAGUCUAGGAGGAGAAGGCCUCAAUGAUUUCCGUUUGACCGGCCUAGAGAAAUAUACACAGUACGCUGUCACAGUGUCAGCCUUUAAUGUCAAAGGCGAUGGACCUCCAAGUGAAGUGGCUUUAGGUCAUACCCUGGAAGAUGCUCCAUCAGCACCACCACAGGGUGUAACUUGUAUAGCCUUGACCGCACAGAAUAUACAGAUUUCAUGGCAAUCUCCACCCAAAGAAAACCAUCAUGGUGUCAUUCAGGGCUAUAAGGUUCUUUACGAACCUGGAAAUUUUGAUUCGGAGUAUGGCACAAGAGAAACUAAAAUUACCUCAGCUUUGAGCACUGUUUUGCAUGGACUACAACCGUUUACAAAUUAUAGUGUACAGGUUCUAGCCUUUACUAGGGCUGGUGAAGGAGUAGUCAGUUCGACGGUUUCUUGUACUACAGAAGAAGCUGUACCGGAUGCACCUGAACGUGUUAAAUCGGUAGUAAACUCAGAGUCUUCGGUCAUUAUUAGUUGGUUACCGCCACGUAGACCCAAUGGUAUUGUGACCAAGUAUAAUGUUUAUAUACGAAUUUUAGAUAAAGGCCAGGAGCUGAAGAUACUUAAAGAAGUUUUGCCAGCUCUAAAUAGGCAUUUUGAAGCGAAAGAUUUGUCAACACGUGAAACCUACGAAGCAUGGGUAACGGCCUCGACAAGAGUUGGGCAAGGACCUAGUACGCCUGUCAUCAAACUCAUUCCCAGUUCAUCAGUACCGGCUGCAAUAAUUUCAUUUAGCCAAACGUUGAGUGUAAGUUGGAGGGUGGAUAUGAAAUUGCCAUGUCUCUUUGUGGGAACACCAAAACCCAGUGCCGAAUGGAAAGUUUUAAAUGCACGCUCUAAGAAACACUUUCGUCUAGAAGUAAGCAAUGACAAUACAUUAACGCUUAGAAGUAUACAAAGAUCCCAUGAAGGCAACUAUUCAUGUGUGGUGCGUAAUGCCAUUGGUUCCGAUCACAUUGUCUAUCAGUUAUUUGUUCAAGUACCACCCUCGGCACCUGUUGUAUCAGUUAUAGGAACAACUGCAAACUCGGUUUCAUUACAGUGGAGAGUGGAUGAUAUUGGCGGAGCUCCUUUGCGUGGAUUCACUUUGACAUUCCGUAAAGAGUUUGGCGAUUGGGAGGAAAUUCAAUUAGACAGACGUAUAAAUUCUCAUCUUCUCGAAGAUCUUCAAUGCGGGACAAGUUAUCAAUUCACCAUUGUGACCUUUAACAAAAUAGGAACGAGUGCUACCAGUCCCAUAGAAAUUGCAAAAACCCAAGGAAAUAAGCCAAAUGCACCAAAUAAACACAGUCUAAUACGAUCUAACAUUACAUCGGCUCUAAUAGAGUUAUCCUCUUGGCAGGAUGGUGGUUGUCCCAUACAAUAUUUCAGUAUUGAAUUCAAACGUUAUGGUAUUGCAAGUGACUGGAUCAUUGUAUCCAGUCGCAUUGAAUCUCAUACUCGCUAUACAAUUGGAGACUUGGAAGCUGGUACGCUAUAUAACUUGCGUGUGACGGCACACAACAAUGCUGGAUCCACCGUUAAGGAAUACACGUUUGAAACAUUGCGUUUUAGUGGAAUGUCAGGCGAACUCGAUCAGAGUGAUUUGCCAGAAGUGAAUUCAUUGUUUCGAGACGCCCAUCUGAUAGCAGUAAUUAUAACCUCGAUUUUUGGAACAAUACUGGCUCUGGUCGGAGCCUGCAUAUGUUUCAAGAACUAUCCUCGUCAUAUCUUUUCACGCAAUGUGGACACCAUGAGGCUUCCUGGCAGCGAGGGAAAGGACCUACAACACCGUGAGCAAUAUUAUGGUACGAUGCGCAAAUCGUGUCAGCAAUCACCGGGAGAUUCGGUUGUUGCACUUGAGCGCAUACCUGAAUACUCUGAAGAUAUAUAUCCUUACGCUACAUUCCAUUUACCAGAACACGAAAACCAAUCGGCCAACAUUCCGCUCAACCGUAAGGGCAUUCAACCAAUGUACGAUCCCCGCAGCGGUGACGACAACACCCUCUCCAGUUCGGGGAUGAAAGUGAAGAGAUCUGUGUCGGGUAGCGGCAACAUUUCAAUGGGUGGUGGAGAAUGCAGCCAUACGAACACGGAGAAGAGACACAAGCGCCGUUCCAAGGCUAUAAAAUCCGAAUCUGAAGAAUACGACAGUUUAAACAGUGAUAGUGAUUUAAGUGGUGAACGUAUACGUGACGACAACCGUAGUACCCGAACCGAUGCCUCUAGUCAGCUAGAAAAUUCUGGCUAUAACAUUCAUGGCCACAGUCCGCGAAGUGGCGGCAGCAAUAAAGAACGCCUGUCGGUAUUUAGCAGGCCUCAACUUCAUAGUAACAGCAUGGACGCGGUGCCGCUCGACUACAGGCUCUUUGACCCGCCACCCAAGCAACGUAGUAAACAGCAACAACAGCAACCAGGUAAACAGCAAACACAGUCACCCAAACAUCAUGAGCGAAAACCUUCAGACGAAUGUACCAAAAAUUCAGCCAACCAUACAAAUUUGUCCGGCAGUAUAUCCAGCAAAAUACGACCAAAAACUGCCGAUAAUAGUUCCAACAGCGGCAACAGUCUCGCCGGUGAAUUCCAGUGCUCACCUAACGGCAUCCCCUCCCCGCAUAUUGUCCAGUCGGGCUCCUAUGUUGAAAUUCUAAAACAAGCCGGCAAUCAGGCCGCUGCUACUGCCCAAGUAACUUCAGCUGCAGUCCAGCAUGAGCGUUUAAUGGGUCAUGCCAAAAAUCCCCUUAGUUCGGCAUCGUCUCUGGCAUGUCACAACAAAAGCUAUGGUGAUUUUCUAACAAUAACACCUAGACGCAAGGGCAAACUAUUGGGCGGUGAUGGCAAAGCGGGUGUGGUGGGUGAAGGUCAUGACAAUUAUCGCCAUCAUUUACCCCAUAGUAUUGAGCCCCUCCAUCUCUUGGGUAUACCAAAUGACAAUAUGUCUACAUUUUUCGAUUACCGUGCCAUGGAGACACUUAGCAAUGCUGACACCCUGGCCAUUGGCUCAACCAUGUCGGGCCAUUUAUACCCCUCUAAAAUUACCAACAACAAGCCGCAGUAUGAUGCCGCCAAAAAUCAAUCUUCCGUGACAGCACAAGUACCCGACGAAUAUCAUCACAUAAUCAGUGAGAAAAACUUGAGCCCUCCUUCGGCGUUUUGUGAUAACAUAUCAUCGAUGAAUAAGGCUUAAAAACAGAGACCUUUUUGAAUCCAAAAAAUCA